ACCCCCUGCCUCCUGGCCUCCCCUCCUCUCUCUCCCCACUGCUUGGAGCUGAGUGAGCUGGUGAGUGAGUGUCCUCUGGAAGUGCGAGCUCACCCCACUGAGCAGAGGUGACCCGGCGACUUCCAGCAGCAGCAGCAGCAGCGCUUGGCAGGAUGGCAGAGCAGACUGAGUCUCCGGUGCACAGCCCGCUCCCUGCGCAGCCCAUCGGAUGGCCAAUCUGCAGGGACAGCUACGAACUCCAGGAGGUCAUCGGUAGCGGAGCCACAGCUGUGGUCCAAUCAGCAUUAUGCAAACCCAGACAGGAGCGCGUUGCCAUAAAGCGAAUCAACUUAGAAAAAUGCCAGACCAGUAUGGACGAGCUGCUCAAAGAAAUUCAAGCCAUGAGUCAGUGCAGCCACCCAAAUGUUGUGACAUAUUACACCUCAUUUGUGGUAAAGGAAGAACUUUGGCUCGUCAUGAAAUUGUUAAGUGGAGGUUCUAUGUUAGAUAUUAUAAAGAAUAUUGUGGGUAGAGGUGAGCAUAAAAAUGGAGUUCUAGAUGAACCAAUAAUAGCAACCAUUCUUAAGGAAGUAUUGGAAGGAUUAGAUUAUCUGCACAGAAACGGACAGAUUCAUAGGGAUUUGAAGGCUGGUAACAUCCUUUUGGGAGAAGAUGGAUCGGUACAAAUAGCAGAUUUUGGGGUUAGUUCAUUUCUAGCUACAGGUGGGGAUAUGACGCGGAACAAAGUUAGAAAAACAUUUGUUGGAACCCCAUGCUGGAUGGCUCCAGAAGUCAUGGAACAGGUUCGUGGAUAUGACUUCAAAGCUGACAUAUGGAGUUUUGGAAUCACUGCUAUUGAAUUGGCAACAGGUUCAGCUCCAUAUCACAAAUACCCUCCAAUGAAGGUUUUAAUGUUGACCUUGCAAAAUGAUCCGCCGACCUUAGAAACCGGAGUAGAAGAUAAAGAAAUGAUGCGAAAAUACGGAAAAUCAUUUAGGAAACUAAUUUCACUGUGUCUUCAAAAAGAUCCAUCAAAGAGGCCAACAGCUGCCGAACUCCUCAAAUGCAAAUUCUUCCAAAAAUCAAAGAACAGGGAGUAUUUAAUUGAAAAACUUCUCACCAACACACCAAAUAUUGCCCACAGAGGAAAAAAGGAUGAGCAGAAUCCUGGGAAAACGAGUUUGGUUCCAGGGUCUGAGAAUGAGCAGGAUGUCAGCAGAAGGGUUAGGAGAGUCCCUGGCUCAAGUGGUCACCUCCAUAAAACAGAAGAUGGCGACUGGGAAUGGAGCGAUGAUGAACUCGAUGAAAAGAGUGGAGAAUUUAAAGAUUCAUUUUCCAAAGAGAAGUCCAGAAGAAUCGACAAUGACAAUGAAAACACAGAGAUUUCCCCAGAUAGUAAUAUGGAAACACGAUUACAAAAUAUGAUUAUACAGGAUACUCAGGCACAAUCGAAUGAAAGCCACCAGGAAAACAGGUUUCCAGCUGCUGUCAACCUUGUACUUAGACUGAGGAACUCAAGAAAGGAGCUCAAUGAUAUACGAUUUGAGUUUACUCCAGGCAGGGAUACAGCAGAUGGUGUUUCUCAGGAGCUCUUCUCAGCAGGCCUUGUGGACGGUCAUGAUGUAGUUAUAGUUGCUGCUAACUUGCAGAAGAUGAUAGAUGAUCCAAUAACCUAUAAAACAUCAACAUUUAAGCUGGCGUCUGGUUGUGAUGGGACUGAAAUUCCUGACGAGGUCAAAUUGAUCGGGUUUGCUCAGCUGAGCAUCAGCUGAUUCAUUUCGGAGUCUCUUGUAUGAUCACGGUGUGUGGAAAGCAGGAAAACGGCAUGAAAACAGCACCAUACGAGAUGCGCCGCCGAUCUAAAAAUUCACAAAGUUGGUACAAGUUGAAACGCAACUUUAAUCACUGCUGCUAUCCAAACAGAAAAAAAAAUGCUACUUAAUGCCAGUUAUCAAUCAAUUUGGACCCCCAUGCUAAUAAGUUGAAGUGAUUGCACUUAACAAUAAAAGCUCUAUUUAUUGGUUACAUACGAUAAGUAUUUUGUAUCUCACAUGUACUUUUCAUUUUCAUUGUAAAAAUUCCGAUAUUUUAAUGGUACUGUUGUUAAUUCACAAGACUACUUAUUUUCUGUAUGAUUUGAAAAUGAAUAUUCUUCGGCAAAAAACAGUUAUAUUAGCCAAACUUGAUUCCUAGUUGUAUAAAAGACUGUGAAUUUUAUUUUCAUAUAUUUAUGAAUUGCACAUCAAAUGAAUAUUUAUGGUUUCCGUUGCGUGUUACGGGCAACUAUACUCCGCGGAGUGAGACAGACUUCUAGUUGUAGAUAGAUAAUUUUGGGAUCUUUUAAAGGCAACCAUUGCUGGAAACUGGUCACAUUUAACACAUUAUGUUGAGCACACUGUCAUGGGUUAAAAUAUAGCAAACUUAUGGGUCAUGUGUAGA